GCCACCGAACAGCUGUGAACUGGUGCCGCCGCUCGUCGCGCCUCGCCUUGCUUGCCUAGCUCUAGUCUUUGCGUCGUGGCCGUGUCGUAAUGGACCCGACACUGCAGAGCCUAUACAAUGUGAUCGUUGAAUCCGACAGCGACGAUCCACAAACCGUCCUCAACUGCAGGCGCACGCUGAGGGAUUGGAUCCUGCAGCAUCUGCGACCACCAAUUAAGCAUAGGCACAGCGUGCUGUUUAUCAAAUGGCUGAGCACGGGUCUGCGGAGCAUACAGCGGUUGCUGGACGACACCCUCACCACGACCUCCGUAAAGCAGCAGCAACGACAACAGCAACCACAGCGUGAGCAGCAUGAGCAGCAGCAGCAGCAUCAACAAGACCACGACACGAAGCGUGUCACUGAACCAGCGCAUAUGGCGCGACUGCCAUUCCAUGGCUGGCUCUUCUCCAAGCUGGUGCUGGUGCUCUUUGACAACACGUCCGCACUGCAACCCCACGCCGAUGACGCGCUCGCGUCCUUAAUACAGGCAUCGGAGGAGACUGGCAUUGACUUGGAGCCCAUUGCCAUCCUCGCCCUGGACUACAUGUUCUACCUGCAUCAAGUGGUGCAAACGAGCCGCCAGAAAGGCGAAGCCAGCGUUGUCGAGCCCGCAGAGCUGCAUCUUCGGUCCGCAUCCAGCCAUGAUGGAGAUGCAACGAGCCCUCUCCGCCUCCGGCCACUGGCGGUGGUCAACGCACUGGCACAUCUGCAGCCACUCUUUGGUCUCUUGGUGGAGCGCUGUGCGUUUGGUGAAUCCCUCCUCACGCGCUACCUCAACCACCUUGCCCCUUCCAUCUUUGAUAUCGCAACCCCUACCAUGGCGACGAUGUUCUUCAGGGCGCUGCGUCACAUGUGGACAAUGCAGCCUGGUCGAUCAACACUCACGCCCGUGUUCAUGCAGCUGACCCUAUCCUCCCUCUUUCUCGUGUGUGCGCACCAACCGCUCCUCAAGCAUACAGAAACACAGGGUGCGUUGCGAGCGUUACUUGAGAGUGCCAUUGACUCUUCAUCGUUGGCAGCACCAACUGUCACGAGCAGUAGCAGCAAGAGUGGCAGUUUUGGUGGUGGUGCGCACCCACUCGCUAUGGUUGCGUUGCCAUCAACCCCAUCGCCUCAAGUGCAGCUGCGCUGCCCUGCCCAGUUUCCCCUCACUGUCCUCUUCCGUCCCCAUGUCAUCCCAAGCACCAGGAUGGCAUGCUUUCGCUUCCUGGAUGGCGCGUUAGUCGCUGCGUCCCACCCAACAGCCAAGUUCUCCGACACACUCUCGGGAUGGACGCCGAUGGUAGUUGACCUGCUGCAUGCGAGCAUGCGACGCCUCACGACGCUUCAAGUGCACGAAAGCAGCGUGUAUGUCUUGUUUGUUGCGGUGCGAUGGCUGGUGCACCUUCCAAGCCGGGAAGACCGCGCUGCGUGGCUGCACGCCACAGACCCGGCCCACGUCUUCAAGCACGCCGCGGAUCACAACGAUGACAACGGUGACGGUGCGCCCGACCCAAAGCGCCCGAAACAACAGAACCAGCAGCGUGGUGCGUCUGCACAGGGAGGUGCGAGCAGCAUCUGGCUGGUUGCCGAGGCUGUGCGAACAACGGUCAAGCUCACCCACGACGUCAUCCACCAGCUCAAGUCUGGAAACACACCUUGGCAGGAUGUGCACUUGUGCCUGUCAUGCCAGGCAAACGUGUUUCGCUUGGCUGCUGCUUGUGUGGCUGUGGAGCCCGCUGUAACGCCUGCACAACUGCGGCUUUCCGACAUGGCAGCGCUGUGGCAGCCGGUGCUUGAGUCGUUACCACGAGAUGCACACCUGCCCACAACGCUUCAUCUCCUCGCCAGUGUCAUGUGCUCCCUCCUGGCCAUUCCCGGCCUCGCCAUUCCACCCGACACGCUGCUGCUGGUUAAGGGUGUUUGCAUGCUGCCGUGGCUGCUGUCCGAUGUACCACCGCCACCAAGUGAUAUGGAUGACGAUCAGUAUGGUGCCGCCAAAGCUGCUGUGAACUCCACCAUCCCCGACAUGCGCUCCCUCGCAGCCCACAUUGACUGGACCGUGCCUCCACACGACUCUGCAUCCUGCACCCAGCCCUUCCAGCAAUCGCAACUGACAGCGGAACUGCAGCGGCAACGCCCAAGCGACAAGAACGGCAAACACGCAUGCACAGCAACGCGAUGGGUGGACGAGUUUUUGUUUGCCAUUGCGCUCUUCCCUCGGCGAAAGGAAGACACCUUCAGCAACACCAUGUUCCGCUUGUGUUUACACGCAAACUCCCACACCCACACCACUAACGACAACCCCAACAACACCACCAACACCACCACCACUUCCAGCACCGCUCACGGCAGCAAUGCAGCCACCAUCAACGCACGGCUGCACUUGCAGGUGGCAGCGUUGCGUGCGCUGCCGGUCUUGUUUGCCCGGAGCUGUUCAUCUGCGGGUGGGCUGUCGCAGAGUCAGCGUGAACUCUACACCACCGUUUGCGCCAUCGCCAACUCCCUCACCAGCUCUGCUGCGGCAGCCGCCACAUCAUCGAGUGCUGCUGUGGACGUGCUGUCGGCAACGCUGUCCCGCGUGGCGCAUCAGCUCGCUGUGCUGCUGUUUGAACCAGAUGCGCACGUGGCCCUCACCUGCCAUCCGUGCUGUCCCCACGCCGCGCACUCCCUGCGCUGGCAGGACCCCUCGCCAGCCCUGUGCCAUGCGUCAUGCGAUCACAGCCCGCACGACACUGCGGCCGCCGUGCCCCCAGCACCAGCACCGCCAUCGACUGAAGACGGUGGCACAGCACCGGCAGAGGCAGCAACACAGCCCCGUGCUGCCACCUCGAUUAGUGCCACUUGCGACCUUUCCACCAGCGCAUCCUUUGCCAUCUCGGCUGCAGUUGUUUCCGCCUCUACCACACAUCCAUUUGCCAGUUGCGCAUCACCCACGCCAUCAUGCGAGGGUGGCAUUGUGCUUCAACGGCACGCCCCAGCACAGACCAUGUUAGCGACAGGCCCCAGCGCUUCCGCAUCAAUGACGGUGACCGUGAUGGACACAGCGAAGGAUGACAUGGACGACGAUGGUCUCACCAGCACUCGCGGCCGCAUUCGUGGGAACCUGGUGGCGUUUGAGAGCUUCUUGCCACUGGCAACAUUUGGGUCCCCGCACGCGCGUGUGUUGGCGUUGCGCGCGUUCGUCGCGUAUCACCACCUAUUUCCCUUCUCCCUUGACAAGGACAACAGCACCAGCAACACCACGCACACGGUUCAGAAGCAGCACAAGCAGCAAAAUGUGGAUGCCCUCCGUCACACCAACGUGGACAGCGGUGAUUUGGACGGGUAUGCUUGUGGUGAUGGUGGUGAUGGUGGUGGUGGUGGUGGUGCGGCCUUGUGCCGACGCGACCACGCACGUGUCAGAGGCGCCUUGGUGUCGCAUACAGCGUGGUCGUCGAGCGUGCUACGAUCGGUGCUGCUGGCGUGCAGCCAACAGCCCCGGUGCGUCCGCCAGGCGCUGUCCACAUGCCUGGCGUGCGUUUCGCCCCGCUUCGACACGCACGCCUGCGAUCAGCUCUCCAAGGACUUGUACACGGCGGUGACGGCGGCUGCGCAGCACCCGCACACCGACAUGCUCGAAGUGCUUGUGGAGACCAUUGCGCAGUGCCUUGCUCGCUCUGCCACCCCGCAGCAGGAGGAAGCGUUCUUGUCCCUGCUGAUCAUGGUCAUGUGUCUGCAGCAGCCCGAGCCGGCCGCCGUCGCCGUGAGCGCCGUGCAGGCCUACGCCAAGCAACGCAACAAGCGCGUGUGCGACAUCACACGCGCGCACAUGACCAGCCUCUCGUGCGGGCUCGUGGACACGCUGGCCGAGAACCCCGUGCCGGAGGCCGUAGUGCGGCUGCUGUUUGACACGUCCCGCUUGGAGUUCUUCAACAGCACGCUCAAGUACACCUUGCCGCACGUGUUCAAGCACAAGAAGAAGAAGGUGCUGCUUCGCCUGUCCGAGGUGGUGCGCAAGUCCCCGGACUACCUUGGUGUGGAUAUGGCCGGCUUCAUCUUCUCCGCCAUCUUCAUCAGCGUGCCGUCGUCCCAGCUGUCGGAGGUGUUUGAGUUUUACCGCCGGCACGCCCACGACCGCCCAGACAUUGUCAUCUCCUUCUCCGCGCUGCAGAUUCUGUACCGGGUGAUCAUGUUCCUCGACCCGGACGAGCUUGCCCACAAGCGCACGCGGUUCAGCGCCGCCCUGCACCUGGUCAUGGAGCACGCCGAGAUUGGGCGCAAGCAGCACGAGGCGGAGGAGCAGCAGCGCAGGGAGGCGGCGAGUGACGGAGGCACCAGCAAGAAGACGGGCCGUCGCACCAAUGGCGGCGGCGAUGGCGCUGAUGGUGGCGAUGAUGAGGUGAUCCUGUUGGAUGAUGACGAUGCUGACAACGAUGGUGAUGGCGACGACGACGACGGCACCACAGACGGUGCGUCAAGGAAGGCGGGGGCACGAGGACGGAUGCCGGCGCGGGGGCGAUCGCCUAAAACGGGCAAGUCCGCCCGCAGCAAGUCUCGUUCACCCGCAGCCAAGUCGAAGCGCAGAGGAUCGCGACAUAGCCGCAGCAAGGGCACAGUUACCACAACAACAACAACAACAACCGCAACAAUGCCGGAACAUGACGACGACGACGCUGGUGCUGAUGCUGAUGGACGGGCGGGCGAGACUGCAGAAAGGAGGAAGCUGCAGGCGUUUCUCAAGCCAUUUGUGUUGGCCAUGCUCACGCUGCUGCGCACGUGUGUUGCCAGCGACGUCAUUACAGAGCGCCGCAGGGCCAUUGGCGGCUUCCUUGCGUUGAUUGAGGUGCUGGGCGAGCGCAACCUGGAGCUCAUGCGCAUCCCCGCGCUGCGUGUCAUCAACACGGCCAUGCACACAAGGAGCCUGGAGCCGCUGGCGCUCAAGGCGUGCCUGCGGUUUGCACAACUGCUGUCCAAGCCCGCGCUCGGGUCGAUCCUGGUGCAGCUGAUUGUGAUGGCGAUUCGCUGCGCAGAAACGCGGCCGCGGGAGACGGCGCACGUGCUGGAGGGCCUCAUUGUGCAGAACGAGGACAUCUUUGCAGAGUACUGCCAGAACAUCUUCUGCCUGCCGCGUCUGCCCGUGUUUGCCGCCGUCAACGAGGUUCUGGACAAGCACACGCACAAGCUGGAAGGCAGCCUGCCGUCGCUCACGCCGACAUCUGCGACCGCCACGGGCGCGGGCGCGGACGCUGGAGACGGAGCCAGCAGCGCCGCCACGACGGCCAAGGGCAGCACGGGCGGGGACGACGGCAGCGCCUCGGACGUGCUGGAACCGCGGCAGGUUGACGCGCUCAUGCGCUCGUUCCAGCAGCUGACAAAGGCGCUCCUGCACGAGUCGUCCGAGGUGCGCGCCCUGGCGUUUUCCAAGCUGGAGCAGCUGCUGCGCAAGCACAACGCCAGCGGCCUGCUCAGCACGGAUGUUGCCGAGGGCCCAAAGCAGGAGGGUUCGCUGUCCAGCGUGGUGGUGCGCCUGCUCUCCGCCACCCUCAACGGCUGCCGCGACGCCAGCCGCGCGUUCCGGCGUCGCUGCGGCCGCUGCCUGGGCCUCUUUGGCGCCACAGACCCGGGCCGCAUCGGGCCCGUGCCCUUGCACGACACGGUGCAGGACCUCUUCUGCAUGACCAUCAAGGAGGACGCGUUUGUCAUGCGGCUGGUGAGCGACCACCUCGUGCGCGCCCUGCUCUCCGCCAACGACAACUCCUCCCAGGACCGCGCCGCCCUCACGCUGCAAAAGUGCCUGAAGGCGCUUGGCUGCCCGCCCACGCUCACCGUGGAGAUGACGCAGCCGCAGGCGCCGUCGUUCUGGCCAAAGCUGGACAAGACGGUGCGGCUGGUGGCCUUCCCUUACGCCGCGUCCAUGUACACGCGCAAGGGCCGCAAGUGGGCGCGGCCGAGCGAAUACGCCGGGCAGCCGUUCUUCAGCACCUGCACCUCCUUCCAGCAGUGGAUGGACAAGUGGGCGUUUCACCUCAUCAAGAACUUCUUCCAACCCGCGGACGACGAGGCAAAGGCGGACGCCGCCAAGCACGGCGCAUCGCACAGCACAAAGCGGCGGCACGGCAUCGACAUUCCGGAUGACCACGACGGCGACCGGUUCUUCAUGGAGCGCGAGCUCUUUGCGGCGUGCCACGCCAUGUUCCGCGACAGCCACGACAUGAGCACGUUCCUCAUGCCGUAUAUUGUGCGCUACGUCGUCAUGGAGGCCGAGGUGCGGCAGCAGCAGCUCGUGGACCAGGUUGUGGAGGAGAUUCUCGCUGUGCUGCGAGGCGAGAUGCCGCUGCACGCCGCCAUGGCUGACGCCUCCGUCUUGGGCAUGGCCACAACCGCGACUGGCGCCGGCACUGCUGCUGCUGCUGCUGCUGCUGCUACUGCAACGCUGGGCAACCGCACACCCUCCCGUGGCAGCGUCAGUCUUGCCAGCAGCCGCAUGGCAAGCCGAAGCUCGCUCAACCUUCCUGGUGACACGAGCGUCGUGCUGGGAGACGCGCACCUCAUGGCUGCCGUGCUCAACCGCAACACCCACGACAACAACAACAACAACAACACCCUCAACAACACCACCCUCAACAACACCACCCUCGACACAACGCUCAACACCACCUCAGCCACGGGCCAAGCCUGCACAGGUGCGCGCCAACACCACCACCAGCAGCAACAACAACAACAACAACAGCAGCAGCAGCAACAACAACAACAACAACAACAACAACAGGCAUCGUCGCGUCUCACGUCGCACACGCGUGCGCAGUACAUGCUGCUGAGCACGAAGAUUGUGUUUGCGAUUGUGGACAACCUGACGCGCUGGGCGGCCAAGCGCCGUUACUCGCUCAUCCCAAGCUCGCGCCAGCGCCGCCGCGGCGCCGCCAACGUGGUCAACGUGCCACCCGACCUGCAGUACGUGGAGGCGUUUCUGGACCGCAUGCCGCAGGACGAACUGGCUCGCGCGGCCUUCCGUUGCAACGACUACACGCGUGCACUCAAGCAUAGCGAGCUGUAUCUGAAGAAGAUGCGCCAUGGCCCGGACGAGGAGCGCGUGCGCAAGGAGUUUCUCCCCUUUCUGCAGCAGACGUACGCUGCGCUGCGCGACCCGGACGGCAUGCUCGGCGUCGCGGCCACGCGCACGCACACGUCGCUUGAGGAGCAAAUUCUCGACCACAGGGCAACGGGCCACUGGACCGAGUCACUGUCCUGCUACGAGCAAGGGCUGCGCAUGCACGCAGGCAACCUGGACUACCACUGCGGCUUGCUGGAGUGCCAGAUGAAGCUCGGGCACAUGGAGAGCGCUUUCAUCACCGCCACGGGCCUGGCCACGCAGCAGCCGGCAUGGCGCGGUGUGGUCAGCGAUUACAGGUUUGAGGCGGCGUGGAAGCUCGGCAAGUGGGACGUGAUUGACAACGCAGAGCCAGAGCUUCUGCUCGGCCCUGCGCAUCAUCACCACCAUUUCUCACUCAGCAGCAACGCCACCAGCGGUAGUGGUGGCAUUGGUGGCCUCGGCAGUGUGACCAACGGCGCUGUCGGCCCGAGUCCCGCGCAUGCUGCGUGCCUCUUGCAGCCAGAGACGGGCGCAUCGCUGGCAGCAGCAGCAGCAGCAGCAGCCGCAGCCGCAGCCACGGCCGCGUCAACCACGGCCUCAUCUGCUGUCGGUUUUGGUGAGCGCAUCGCUACAGCAGCGGCAGCAUCGAUGUCAACGACAGCAACCGGCGGUGGCAACGUGUCCUGCGGUGCUACAAGCGCCCAUGGUGGCAUUAACGGGGCAUCCUUCUUCAGCAGCCGUCUCCCGGCCAGUUUCCAAGCACAGCUUGCACUCCUGUUCAGCGCUGCCCGGCAACACGACGCAACCAAGUUCACGGCCGUGCUCGAGCAUUCGCGCGACUGUGUCCUGCAGCCGCUGGUGACGCUGUCCCCGAUUGCGUCGGACUCGUACGCAGAGGCAUAUCCGCAGGUGCUGCGGCUGCAGAUGCUGCACGAAUUUGAGCACGUUGUGCGCUCUUUCCUUCUCCCAUCAUCGCCAACCACCACAGCAGCAUCAUCAUCAUCAGCAGCCGCAGCAGCAGCCGCAGCAUCGCUGACCUCUUCAACAUCCGCGGCGGCAGGAAGACAUUCGCCCAUGCUGACACGGGUGCGGCCCAUUGAGGAGCUGCCUUGCACGGUGGUGCUGAGUCGGCUGCGCAAGCUCGACAGCCAGUGGUCCACAAGCUACAAGCUGACGAAGCACACGUUUGAGGACCGGGAGGCGCUGCUGUCGCUUCGGCGCGGGCUGCUGGAUUUGGUGGAGAGCACGCUCAAGCUGCAGGCGCCCGUGGCAAGCAAGCUGCGCGACAUGCAGGGCGCGUGCUGGCUGCAGACGGCCCAGGCUGCGCGGGAGAGCCGGCUGUUGGACACGUCGUACACGGCGCUGCUUCGUGUGCAGGGGACGGAGCCCUCCCCGGGCCUGUUGGCCGAGGUCGCGCUGGAGCAGGCCAAGCUGCGGUGGGAGCGCGGCGAGCAGCACGAGGCGCUGGUGAGCCUGCAGAAGCACCUCGCCGCCAACUCGGAGAGCAUGGGCAAGCAAAAGUACAACGACGCGCGGCUGCUGGUUGGCAAGUGGAUGGCGGCGACGUCGCGGUUCACGGCGGUUGAGGUGCUGGCCCACUACAAGCAGCUGGCCAAGGAGGACGAGGCAUGGGACGAGGCGCACUACGCCCUGGCCAAGUAUCACGACGGCCUGCUGCAGGUUGGCGAGGUGAAGGAGCUGGACCUGCCCCACAUCAUCCGCCACUACGGGCUGUCGCUGCGGCAUGGGUGCAUGCACACCUUCCAGGCGCUGCCACGCCUGCUCACGCUGUGGCUGGAGUAUGGCUCGCGGCUUGCCACUGUAUCCGAGAAGACGCUGCAGAAGCCCAAAGAUCUGCCGCCGGCCUCCGACGCCGUGCUCAAGUCCAUCCACAAGGAGAUUGACUUGCUGGUGGACAGCAUCUACUCGUUCCAGUUCCUCACUGCGCUGCCCCACCUCUCCUCGCACAUUUGUCACCCAAACAGCCACGUCUUUGAUCGGCUGGUGAAGAUCUUUGCCAAGCUGAUUGAGAACCACCCGCAGCAGACGCUGUGGAUGAUCACGGCACUUUCCCAGUCCACCUUCAAGUUCCGCACAAAACGUUACAUGGAGCUCAUCAAGCGGGCAACCAAGGCGGAGGCACGCUCCAUCUCUGAGCUCUUCCAGAAGCUGAUCAAGUACUUGCUCAACGUGUGCCAGAAGCCCGUUGCGCAGGAUGUGUCCUCAGUCAGCCUUCGCUCUUACUUUGGUGACUUCCGUCUACACGGCCCCAUCAUCAUUCCCACGUCAGAGGCGAUGGUGGUGACGCUGCCAACAUCCCGCGGCUCGCUGCGCACCUACGACCCGUUCACCCCGAGCCCGCCCACCAUUCAGCGGUUUGAGGACAAGGUGAGCGUGCUGGUGAGUCUGCAGCGGCCGCGCAAGAUCAGCAUUCGCGGCAACGACGGCAAGUCGUACCCGUUUCUGUGCAAGCCCGACGAUGACCUACGCAAGGACAACCGCAUUAUGGACUUCAACAGCGUCAUCAACAAGCUGCUCAAGGGCGACCCGGCGGCGCGCGAGCGGCAGAUGCACAUUCGCACGUACGGCGUCAUCCCGCUCAACGAGGCCUGCGGUAUCAUCGAAUGGGUACAACACACGAAAGGGUUCCGCCCGAUUCUCAUCGACAUUUACAAAUCGCGUGGCCUGCACGCGCGGACAUCUGAGAUCAAAGCGCUGUGCAAUCCACGCACACACGCCAAGGAUGGCCGUGUUCCAUCACAGAUGCAAGUGUUUGUGAACCACGUGCUGCCGCGGUUCCCGCCCGUGUUCAGCGAGUGGUUCUACACCAACUUCCCCGAGCCUGCGCGGUGGUAUGCUGCCCGCCUCGCGUACAGCCGCACCGCAGCCGUCAUGUCCAUGGUCGGGUUCAUUCUCGGUCUCGGCGAUCGCCAUGGCGAGAACAUCAUGUUCCAUUCGGAGACAGGCGAAGUGCAGCACGUGGACUUCAACUGCCUGUUUGACAAAGGCCUCACCUUUGGCGUGCCGGAGCGCGUGCCGUUCAGACUCACGCACAACAUGGUGGAUGCGCUUGGCUUCACGGGGGUGGAGGGCAGUUUCCGCCGCGCGUGCGAGGUGACGCUGCGUGUUCUUCGCGAGGAGCAGGACUCGCUCAUCAACGUGCUGGAGACGCUGGUGUAUGACCCGCUGCUGGAGUGGAGCAAGUCGAAGCACAACCGAUCGCGGGCGCUGCGAAACGAGCACGCUGUCUCGCACAUCAGCGUCGUCAAGAACAAGCUGCGCGGGCUCUCCAAGGAGCGCCGCGGUGGCAUUGCCCUCUCCAUCGAAGGACAGGUACACAAACUAAUCGAAGAAGCAACAGACCCGGAGAAACUGUGCCAGAUGUACAUUGGUUGGGCACCUUAUCUCUGACCUUUAAUUGCCCCUUUUUCAUGUUGUGUGUGGUGUGUGUGUGGCGUUGUUCAUGAGAAACGCUUGUUUUUUCACUGCUGGCUCGACUCUCUAAAUGUGACCAAGUUGUGGUGUGACGACAAUAACACAACUGCAAUGCAACGUGC